AUGGCACCCACUAUAUCGUCUCCAGAAACAAGUAACUUCGUCCGAACUGGACGCUCAGCCGCAAAUAAUGCGCGACAAGCCAUCAAGCGUCAAGUCUCCAGUUCUCCUGAACCAGACACACCACCACGUCGCUCGCGACCCACACCGAAGUCCUCCGUGAUGAAAGCUGCAUCAUUAUCUCGCACAUUCUCCGGAAACACCUCUAGUGAUAGCAUCGAAUUUGUGGAUAUGCUUUCGCCUCAACUCGCACCCACAUCGAUGACACGCCCCACAAUUACCGAACGGGAACGGCGGGACAUUCUAGCCAACAUCAGCGGGGAACUGGUGUGGGUGAAGGUCAAUGGACAUGGAGAUGUUGCCGGAACUGAUGAGACUGAGACUUACUGGUGGCCUGCGGAGCUUCGCAGUGGAAGUUUAAAUAAGGGGCCAACACGCGUACGACUUAUCCGGUUUACACCAUCCCAUCCUGCCGAGGAUAUGAUUAUUGGGAGACCCAAUGAAAGCACUAUCCUCUCCAUGACAGUUCAAGGCCACCCGCGCUUCACUUCCUCUACUUUUCGCGAUCUUAGUGGUGAGCGGGGACCGCCGGCCAAGAAGCCGAAGACCGCCCUCCAAGACCGCUUCCAGAUCGCUCUUGACCUGAUGGUCGAGGCAGACGAGGCAGAAAAUGAUGGUCUUCCUUGUUUUGUCUCUACUAGUCUUCCGAGCAGUCAACCUGUGCCACAUACCUCGAGCCAGGACUCUGUCUCCGCCUCUCGAUCCCCAGUCAAAGACUUUGGGCCUGAUCCCAGCUUCCUUAUCGGGAGGGAGCUUGUAUUCGCGCGAGUAAAGAGAGAACACACCGCUACAACAGAAUACUGGCCAGCCAAGAUUUUGGAGUACGUCGGCCCGACUGAACGACAACGGAGGCCGAAAUACAAGAUCAAAUUUAUGGACGACAUCGAGCUCCUGGCCGAUAGGGACAUGUUUUAUAGUCAGGACCAGAACGAAUUCUUUACGUGCAAGCUCGGCCAGUUCGAAAGCAAUACGGACUUGAACGAGGAUGACGUGGAAGGGGACGGCCCAACAGUGGAUAUUGACCACGAAGAAAGCCCCGCCCCCGCUGAAUCACCUCCUUCUCCCAAUUCGUUCUGUGAGCUCGGAAUCCGAGAACAGUUUGCCUACGUCAAACCUGUCAUGCGCGCCAUUAUCGAUGACGUGUAUGAACCAGCACGUCAACGCCACAAGGACUUCAUGAACCAGAAGUCGCGUCAAAAUCUGCGCACCCAGUCUGGUGGAAUCGGUGACCUCAGUGCCAAAGAAUUUGACCAGCUGGGGAAAGUCUUGCGGCGCUGGCUCAUGCCUCAAGGUACGAACGUUCAGGAAACGGAUACCAGCUCUGGCGACAAAGAUGAUGGCGAUGUAUUUGCGGAGGCUGCAAGCGAUAGUGCGACAGUUCGUAAUCCAUCGUCAAGGGCCUCAUCCGUUCUCUCCGACCUUCCAGACGACCUAGAGCCUGACCUCCCCCAAACUCUAUCCCAGGCGACUACAUCUAUCACCUCUGUGUCCAACAGUGAUUCUAACGAUUCACCGCCCCAGCGAUUGCCCAAGUACAGAGACCUGCAUGAGAACGACAAGCUUGAUUAUUGCAUGCUGGUCCUCCAACAUGAAGCGCUCCUGCAGCUAUUGCUCUGGCGCCAUGGAAAACGACGGUCGGUCGAGCUACUCGAUCCAGCAGAAGAGGAGUCGUUGCACGAGCUGGCUGCUGAGGAUGCAGAAGAGACUGACAUGGUCAAGACGGUGCGGCACAUUCGAGAGCUGGGUCGCCGGACGAGGGGAUUGGGCCCAGAGCGAAGCUCGGGGACUGCAGCCGCCAUAUCUCAGCCGCAGGUCCUCAGUCGGACGCGGUCGAAGCAGACGCUCCGUCCCGCUCGUCAAUAG